AUGCGCAGCUCUGUCAUGGAGUUCCCGACUGCUCAAGGACGACCGCAUGGGACGGAGGAAAUAAUUGAAUGCUGGGAUGACGACGAUGACCUACAAUUCAAUGAUGGUCUCCAAUUCCGUGCCGCAUCCAGCACGGGCUCUGUGGCCAAUUCCUCAUUCCGUCCCUCUGGCCAUCGCGACUCUAUUUCCUCUCGCCGAUCCGCUCGCUCCGACCUCGAUUCAAAUGCCGGCGAUGAAGACUGGCAAGUCCUUUUACACGACAACGAUGAAUUCUCCAAGGAAGAGGCACUUGCCUCCGCCAAACAUGCCGGCAUCCCUAUUCCCUCGGAUAUACCCAGCUCGGCCCUCAUUGGGGGUGCCAUUAAACGCCUCUCUGCUCGGAAAUCAAAGCGAACGUUUGUGGACGAUUGGUCAGACGAUGUUGAGCUUCCUGGACCCGGCGCGGUCCUGGAGCUAAAGACUCCACAGGACAACGCGUUCCCAGAUACAUUACGACAAAUUAGUUCCGCAGCCACAAGCCCCGUGAAAUCGACCGCCUCCCCUUCCUGGAAUGACGACAUCUCGACUCGUCUUCAAGCAGCGUUCUCGCCUCUAGAGCGCUUUCAGGAUGAGAACAACUACCCGAUGAACCACGAUGUUCCUACGAUUAAAGCCCCUGCACCCCGUUCUCCCAAAAGAGAGCCCCACCUCGAAUUACCUCCCGACCACCAACCACUCCAGUUAAGUCAUCGAAAGGAUCGUGCCGAGGUCUCUAGUCCCAUCAUGGAUGACUUUGAUCUCGAGUGGUCCGAAGGCAGCAUUGGGGUCCGAGUUGGUGGGACGGCGCGAGACGGUCGAUCAAUUCCAAGCUCCUCUAUAUCAAUCGCAAGUCCGAGUGUGUCAAGUUGUCUCACCGUAGAAAGUGAGGAAGAUGGUUUGGACGGUGUCUUGUUUCCCGAGGGUCCUUUGGAUUUUACGGCAUCUCUCAAGCGGAGACAAGAGGCCCAGGCGAUAGAAAGCCCCAUCAGGAAUGAGGGUAUCCAAAAGGCACCAGCGUCACCGGAUGCUGAUGACUUUUUCUCGGGUCUCGAGGUUGACCAAGGUAGAGCCUUUGUCUCCGGGAAAAUGGCACUUAAUCCCAACGUCAAGUGCAAGACAGAAUGGCCAACAAGCCCAACUCGUCGACCGGCUACCACACUUACAUUCACCAAUGCAACCGGAGGCUCCCCUCGUACUCGCAUUCCUCGUCUGUCUGGCCAUGAACGAACCCAUUCAACUCAUCUGGAAACCGUCUCGGAAAGCGGCGCACCGCUUUCCAAGUUUCGAAGAUCGCAGUCCCGACUUGGACAUUCAUCGCAAUCGUCCGUUUCAAGUUUACCCGCCACCAGCACCAAAUCACCAUCGCCAACCCCAAGUACUUCGUCCCGGCGGAUGCUAGGUUCCCGAACCACUAAGGAAAGCUCCAGUGUCGCGGAGAGUAAGGGCCCUUCCAGACAACUUCGAACGAAACGGUCAUUACCAUCCAUCCGAGGGACUUCGGCUACUUCUACGCUGGCUGCGCAACGGACACCAACCCAUCCGGAUGGCUCUAUUCGUGGCCCCCUCAAUAGACCUAAAACGCCCGUUGAACGGACGGCCGCACUCGACGGACGAGCCUCGGUUCGCAGAGCCCAGGCACCAUUCCUUUCCGGUGCAUCAGAAAGGAAGCCCCAAAAUGCCGGGGUGAAAACGUAUCGGUCCUCUCGACGCACCAAUUCGGACAGCUCUAGUGAUCUCUUGAGUCCACAGAGCACAUUUUCCCGGCUAUCGCGUCCCUCUCGCCCAGAGAGUCUCCGAUUGAGUCUGGGUGACUCUGGUACCGAGACCACCGGGUCGACAACCAAGCGGACUCUGACCAAACCGACCAAGCGACGUAAUUUUGGGGAUGGCACCGAGCUAGAAUCAUUUGACGACCUACCUACCUCCGCGUCGACCGAGAGUAAAUUCACGAAAAACCCAGCCGGGCGAGGAGCCCCGCGAUCUAUACGCUCUCGGCUCAGCCAGAGCCGUAUCACUCCCCCUAUUGACUCACCUACUCAAUCCACGCCCCCCUCGGUCUCCAAGCCGUUGAACCCUACUCCGAGAUUCGCUCGCGAUACUAAUGCAUCCCGCAAUGCUCGAGAGCAGCGAAUUGCGUCCAUGAACUCUCGAACCCGAGACACGCCCCCUCUCUCUGUGAACUCGAAUUGGAAACCCCACCCGGUUGUUUCUCGCAUCUCACCCAGCGCGGCGCCUGUACGAAGCCGCAAGACCAAACCCGUGACCAAGUCCUCAUCCAAACCCCACCUGAUCAAACCUCUAGGGUCCGGUGUGCAAGAUGCCAAAUCCGUGCGAGGUAUGCGGUACAACCCAUCGACUUUCCGAUGGGAAGGAAACGAAAACUUAGUCCAGGAUUUCGAUGUUGCAACUGCUCCCAAAUCACCGAAGCCUGCACCAGCUCUAAUCACUAAUGUGGGUCCUUUGCACAAUGUCCAGGCCGUUGGGGGUAUGGUCUUUGAUCCACAGCGCAUGUGUUGGCUCAAGGCCUCCGCCCUUGAGUCUGGAGUCCACGGCGGUGCGGUACCCGAGGAUGAGGAGGAUGUCUUUGCUGGAUUGGAUGACCUGGAUGACGAUAAGACUGCUGGGCCUACGCGGCGAAACUCGGGCCCUGUGGAUGACUUGUCUUCCCAUGCCCCUGGUGGGGAAGAUGCCAGCGCGGGAGAGUCUUCCGACGACUGCCCUAUUACGGAGGAGUUUGACGUUGGUCCAGAGUUUAUUCGACGACAGAGAGCCGAAGAGGAGAAGUGGAGACGCAAGGUGGCUAAAUGGGUUGGUCCUGCUCGCGGUGAUCGAGAGCAUCACUGGCGAUGGGCCAUUCGCGAUCUGGUGGCCGAAGAUACCGGCCAUGUUUUCGGAUAG